GAUGUCCAUCAGCUUUGCUGACCUUCUCCAAAGUGCUGAGCAGUUAAAUGCUGACACUGCAAAUGCUGCUUCUCUUCCUAGAGUUCACAGAAACUUGGGACAGAUUGCAGAGGCUGGUGAGCGACUAUGGAUGAAGACAGCUGCCAUGGCAACUGAUGAUAGUGCUGAUGUAAAAGCUUCAAUUCUUUUGGGAUCUCGAGGUUUUGAUGUACCGUCAAUGGCUCAAAAAAUGGAAACCCUUAAAUCAACAACAAUUGAACCUACAGAAAUUUCUCCUGUUACAGAUAUUCAAGGAUUUUUAAAAGGAGAGCGGGAACAAGCACUUCUUGGCGCCAUUAUAGAGAGCAAAAACAGUACCAUGAAAUCAGCUUCUCAGCGCCACAGCCAGGCUUUGCAGCAAUUUUGGGAGGAAGAGAAAGAGAGAGUCUUGUCAGCUCUACUAGGUUCUACUAAGAGCGACUUCCAUGUCCCAGUUGAUAUCCAGCCAUUGUCUGUCAAUAAUUCUUACUGGGGUAAAGAAUCUGUUAUGUCCCAAGAUGAGAUAUCAUUUGCUGAUGUCAUAGGAAGGAGAAACGAUGCUGUAAUAGCUGGUCGAAGAUAUCCUUUAAUAGAUGAGUUUAUGAGCACAAUUCACGAGUUUGGAGAGAGCAAAGCAGUACUAGACUGUUGGGAAUUAGUUGAAGUCUUGGUAAACAGUUGCUGUUUUGAUGACCCUCUUCUCCGUUUUAAACCUAGUAAUUCUCUUGAUCUGGUCAAAAAGUCGGUUGAGUAUCUUGAGAAAGGAUUUCAGCAGUUCGUUCAAAGUACUAUUUGUGGGCACCUUGAACAAGCUGAACUGGGAGGAGUGCCUGGUGUUAUGGAGCUGGCAUCCAGUUAUCUUUCUGUCAGAACUCAAGAAUCCUCAGUUUGGGGACUUGUCUUUGUGUGUUUACGUUGUGGAUCUGCUGCCGCUGCACUGCAAGCUCUUCAGGAUGAUGGAUACGAAGGUGAGGUGGAGUCCAUUCUAGAGAACUGGGCCAACAUCUCCGCACCCUCUGCAGCCAGGGAUAAAGUAAGGCAGCUUUAUUAUGGUGGCGUGAACAACUGCAAUGAUCCUUACAAGAGGCUGGUUUUCUCUAUACUAGGUGGGUGUGAUAUGGAAAGAACACAUGGGGACAUUUUGACAACAGUCCAAGAUUACCUAUGGUUGAAGCUAGUUCACGUUUUAACUUGCAGUUCCUCUGGCAGAGACUUCCGAUCUAAUAAAGACAAAAUCUCACUGUCAGAAGUUCAGGAGCACGUAUUGCAGGAGUAUGGAGAGAAUCACUUUAACUCUCUCCAGAGCCCUUACUUGUAUGCUCUGGUCUUACUUUUAACUGGCUUGUACGAAUCUGCUAUUGAAGUUUUGUACCGAAACGAGGAAAGCAGAGCUAACGCAAUUCAUCUGGCUCUGGCUUUGCACUCAAAUGGGAUGAUAAACCUCUCUGUUACACCCCACCAACCAGUCCUGAGUGAAUGUGAAGAUGAUCCGUCUCCUCACAAACGUUUAAACCUUACCAGAAUUAUUAUCGGGUACACGAGAAAGUUUGCGUGUUCCAACCCUACAAGUGCUCUGAACUACUAUUAUAUUUUACACGGAGUCCAGAAUGAAGAUGGUGAGGACAUGUUUACAGUUUGCAUUGCAGAGUUGAUCCAGGAAAGUAAGGAGUAUCAGACGCUCUUAGGAACUCUUGACUCAUCGGGUAGAAAAACAAAGGGAGCAAUUGAUAGGUUCAACGUUAAUCACUCCCAGAUCAUAUCCACUGUUGCUGAAGCAUCUGAAAAACGUGGAUGUUGGGAAGAAGCAGUCACACUGUACGAACUUGCCCACAACUAUGACAAGGUCCUGGAGAUUCUUAAUGAGGAACUUUCACGAAAACUGAUGCCCAACGACAAAGCUCACGAACAUAUCAACGAGAUUGCGGUUAAUGUGGAACCGCGCACUACAAACGCUAAUACAGGCCUCCGCAAGCAGUUCCUGCUGCUUCUGGAUCUUUAUAAGUUCCACAAGCUGUAUCAUUGUGGCCACGACAAAUUGGAGGAAGCCUUGAGUGUUAUCGGUCGUCUGCAGAUUAUUCCUCUGCAGCAAGACACGAUUAACCACAGAGUCCAAGCAUUCAAAUCAUUUAGCGACGAGUUACGCAGAUGCAUUCCAGACAUUCUGAUCAUGGUCAUGUCGAUCCUUAACAAACUGUACAAAAAUGCAAGUAAAACAGGCAAUAGUCUGUACGGUGCGCAGAACAAACAAGCUCAGAAGAUUAGAGAUCAGGCGAGAGUUGUGAUGCGAUUUGCGGGUAUGUUGCCGUAUAGUAUGCCUGGUGACACUCAUGCACAGUUGAGUAUGUUAGAUGCUCCUAUGAGAUAUUGAAUUAAUUCACGUGUGUGAGGUUUGAUGAAUUAACAUUAGGUUCUAUGAUCGGGUGAUUUGAGGAAUACAAUACGUAAACAUGGAGAUGUUUUUUAAAUUAGCUGCAUUAUUGCUACAUCCGGCCUUAACUCGAGAGCGUUUUUAUCCUAAUUUAUUUUAAAUUUUAUGGCCAAUCCUUUUAAAGAAUUCUUUUUAUUUGUGUUGCAGUCGGAUUUUUAUCUUGUGAAAUCAUGAAGCAAUUGGUGGUGUCAUGUAAGCUGUAAUGAUAUUUUCAUCAUAUGUCAUGUGCUGUUAAACUAGUAUUGUGCUGAUUACAGCAAACUAUUUUGUUACUCUUGUUUUAAAGUAUCAAUUAACAAAAUCGAAAUACAUUCCAUGAUAUUUUAUAUUUUGACCUGAAUUUUGAUUUGAUAUAUAAUCAAUAAAAUUUGAAUAUAAUGAUAAUCAUGCUUGUGAGACAACAUUAAUGUCAUUU